CUCCUCAAAUCGGCCAUUUUGUAAAUUGAUAAUUGUCAAAAGUUGGUGGUUAGUGUAGUUAUCUGAAGUGUUUAAAAAUAUAUAAACUGUUAAUUGUGAAUAUUAAAUAUAUUGGUUAACUUUAAGAAAAGUAUUUUCUUAAUACUUAAAAAUGCAGUCAAGUAGUGGUGCGAAAAAUCCGCCUUGGGCGAGAUCAAAUGUGAAUACAAACAUUACCGGCUUAAACCCGCAAAUAAUGGAUCCCAACUCAAUGAUGACACAACAAGGCAUGAUGCCUUUUCAACAAACACAAACAGUAUUUAAUACUGGCAUGAUGCAAGCUCAAAGUGGUAUGGGAAUGCCGAUGGCAGGACAAAUGCAGAUGAAUCAAAUGACUCAAGGUCAAAUGUACCCGGGCAAUGUUGUUGCGUAUCCAGCACCACGUGGUAUGAACGCGGGUUUGUAUCAAAACGCCCAAAGUAAUCAACCACAACAGGGAACUGAACAGCGGGUAUUUACGGGCACGGUCACCAAGACUCAUAAUGACUUUGGUUUUGUUGAUCAUGAUGUUUUCUAUCAAACAUCUGUUUGUGCAAAAGGAAUUAUACCUAAAGUUAACGAUCGGGUGCUAGUUGAAGCAACUUAUAACUCCAAUAUGCCUUUCAAAUGGAACGCUACCCGUGUGCAAGUUUUGCCAAAGUCUAAUCAUACUCCGAAAUCGAAUCCUCCAAAAUCUAGUUCAUACAAUGCUGUGCCUCCACCAUCGUCUAAAAAACCUAUGCCAUCACGACGUGACGACCGACCGUCUCGCAGAGACGACAGGAAACGUUCUCGUACAAGGAGUCGUUCACGGUCACGCGAACGACGUGACAGCCGCAAUCGUAGAGAUUCACCACCACGUAAACGCCCAGUUGUCCAUCAGCCAUCACCCGUGAAGUAUGUUCGAGUUCCGCGAAUGCCGCUUGAUAUUCAAAAAGCUGAUGUACCAGGUUUAUCGCAAAGGUAUACAAAUCUAUAUAUACCUUCAGAUUUCUUCAAUGCUUAUGUAAGAUGGGGAGAAACAUUCCCACCUCAAGCACCAUUUUCUUUAAAUAAUCCAUGUUCAUAUCACAUUAUGAGCAGAGAAGCGGAAAAUCCAAACCAUAAUGAUACUGUUUUGGAACCUCCUGAUUCAGAUUAUAGAUUUUCAGCCAAGGUAAUGUUGAUCAGCAUGCCAACUUUGGAAUCACUUUAUCAGAAAUGUGGUCUAACAAGGGGAGAUGAUAAAGAUAAACGGGUGACAAAAUCACCGUUGCAUCCGACGCGAUUGAUCAAAUUCCUUGUAGGACAGAAGGGGAAAGGAGGUGAAAAUUUUGCAAUAGGUGGUCCUUGGAGCCCUUCAUUAGAUGGUGACAAUCCUCAGUCAGAUCCUGGAGUGUUGGUCAAAACUGCCAUACGUACAUGCAAGGCACUUACAGGCAUAGAUUUAUCCUCCUGUACCCAAUGGUACCGAAUGGUGGAGUUUUACUACUGGCGCGAGGGCGGCGGCAAGUCCCGACUCGAGUGUGUGGUGUUGUUCCUGCCGGACGUGUGGUCGGCGCAGCCGUCGCGUGGCGACUGGACGUCGGUUCAGGAACGAUAUAAGGCCGCGUGCGACGCGACGUUACGUCGGCUCGAUGGCGACGAGCCGCAGCCGGAGCCGGAGCGCCAGGGCGACGCGACGGCGCAGAGCGGCGAACAUUCAGCGGAGAAAUCACAAAUUGAUGCAUCAAGCUUUGAUGAUACCACAAUAACAAUUGAUGAGAACUAUGAGGACUAUGAACUGAAGCCAGAGCCAACGCACUAUUCGAAUAUUAACUUGCGUAGUCUAACUGUGGAACAGCUGAAGCAGGAACUACAAGCUCGGAAUGCUAGCAGCACAGGUCUCAGAACUCAAUUGAUGUCUCGUUUGUCAAAACUUCUUAAAACUGAAAAAGAAAAAGAUGGUAAUGAAGAGGAUGUUAUGGAGCUGGAAGAUGACGAAGCAGAAAAUAAAAAGGAAGACGCAGAACAAAGUGAGAAUGAACAACAGGAAGAAGAAAAUGACACAAAAGCAGAGACCCAAGUGGAGAACACACCAAUAACACAACAAGAAGACAAUAAGAUUAAAGAUAAUCCUGAAGAAAUUGAAGCUCCAGAAAAAAAGGAAGAAAAACCCAAAGAACCAAAAACUGAGAAAGAAUUGGAGGAAGAGAAGAAAAAGCUAGAGAAGGAGAAACAAGCAGUUAAGGUGCGGUUUGAGUUGCCGUCUACCCCACAUAUUAUUGUACACCCGUCCAACACAGCUAAGAAUGGCAAGUUUACUUGCAGUGUUGCUACACUAUCUCUGUUAUUGGAUUACAGAAUUACAGACAAUAAGGAACAUAGUUUUGAGUUAUUUGUAUUUGCGGAGCUGUUCAAUGAAAUGCUUAUGAGAGAUUUCGGUUUCUACAUAUACAAAACUCUUUACACCUUACCCGAAAAAACUGAGGAUGCAAAAGACAAGGAAAAGACUGAUGACAAAGCGGAGAAGAAAGACGAGAAAAAAGCAGAAGACAAAAAAGAUGACAAGAACAAUGACAAGGAUAGAAAAGAUGACAAAGGCAGAGAUUCCAAGAGACGUGAAAGAAAAGAUUCUCACAGUGAUGAUGAAAGAAGUAGUUCACCAAAGCGCAAGAGUCGCGGAGUGGACUUGCCUCCGGACCCCUACCUGCUGCUGUCCCUGGUCUACUUUGACACAUCUCGCUGUGGAAACAUCUCUAAGAAGGAUCUACAGAAUCUGUUCAUGAGCCUCGGCUUACAACUGUCAAGGUCACAGAUACGAGCUAUAUUAGAGAAAGUCUGCAUAAAAGAUACAUUUAGCUACAAGGUACUAAUACAAGCUAUCAAAGACCUGGCUUCAGGCGGAGCUGGAGACGCGAUGCAGGACUUGCCGCUGGACACGCCGGCUGCCGCCUGCGACGUGCCCACACAUAUUGCAGAACUAGAAGCAACUAUUGCUGCGGGCAAUCGCGAGCUACUGCCUGUGUUUGGUAAAGCAGUUGAUCAAGAAGGCAAAGAGAAGUCUGUUACCGCAGAUGUUAGUGAUACAGGUAUCGUGGUGUACAAGUCGCGCGUGGUGGACGUGCGCGCGAUGUCCGCGGGGGCGGCGCGCGCGGCGGGCGAGCGCGCGCGGCUGGAGGGCGCGCUGGCGGCGGCGCGCGCGGCGCUGCGGGCUGCGCGCGCCGCCGCCGCCUCCACGCAGCAGGCGGAGCGCGGCGCGCAGUCGCAGCUCGCCGACCUCGCCGCGCAGCUCGCCGCCGCCAAGGCCCGCCUCACCUCCCUCACUGCAAGUUCAAAGAUAUUCCACUCAACAUUAAAAAGUAUUCAAAACAAAGUGGAGGCGGUUGUCAACAUUAAGUAUGAUGAUGACGAUGAUGUUGUCGAAAUCAUCAACGGACCUUCUAAGGAAGAAAAGGAAACAAAGGCUGAAAAAAAGUCUGAAGUUGAAAAGGAAAAAGAUGUAAAAUCUACAGACAAAAGUGAUGUCAAAGUUGAUGACAAGGUGCAAGAAAGUGUUGACAAAGACAAGGAAACUGAAAUAACAUCAGUGUACAUGGAUAUCGAUGACAGAGAAUAAAGUUAAGUCGCAAUAAUUAAUUAAAACAUUAGAAUUACAAAAUAAUUGAGAUUUGUCAUUAGUUUUAGUUAGGUACUUAAGUUUAAUAUACCUGAGUAUUUUUAAUUAUUAUAUUGUAAAUAUAGAUAGAAAAUUGUCCAAUUCGGUUCAUAUGUUCUUAAUGUCUAAUAUCUUAAAAUUACGUGGAUUUCGAAAAUGAGGUAAAUCUACUGUCUAAACAACUUAUUAGCGUAGGUUUUCACUGCCGAGUAGAUUUUUAUGAAAACAUUGUUCUUUCAUUAUACGCAUUAAUGCAAUAUAUCGUUAGUCAAAACAUGUAUCUAAAUAUAUAUUUUAGACCCUAAGUUCUGUCCCACCAAAUUGUAAACUGUCUGAUAACAAUCCAUCAUGUAAAAUAUGUGAUGGAAAUAUCGGAUUUUGUUCCAUUAUCUGACAGUGUCGUCAUUUUUAAGCUAUCUGAGCGUCUCAGCCAGUGGACAUGCAAUUAAUAACUUAAGACCUAACCGACAGAAUAGAAUUGGAAGGGCAGAGGAAAUUGACCACUUCAGUUUAUAAGGAGUCUGCUGUGUUCUGUAUAUAAGCGUGUAUGUGAUAACAUUACGAUAUAUAAUUUUAUUUUAAGCGGUUGUAUGUGAUUUAAGCAAGACUUUGUUUGAUUUAAUUUCCCAAUAAAAAAAACUUCAUAAAA